UUCCGCGCUUCUUACCGCGCUCAACAAUGAGCGUCGGGGGUCAAUUAAGGCAGAAAGCGGUGAGCGUUACUAUGGCUACAUGAACCACGUGCGGAUGUGAUCUCUUGUGCAAUCAUGUCGUCGUGUCGCUGGGUUCGACCCCUUCAGCUCACAUUAGCGUUGAUUAAACCUGAUGCAGUAGCCCAUCCAGUCAUUUCUGAGGCAGUACAUGAAAAGAUUUUGGAAAACAACUUUCUAAUAGUUAAACGUAAAGAGCUUCAGUGGAGAUCUACAGAUUCUCAGAGGUUCUAUUGUGAGCAUACAGGACGAUUUUUCUAUCAACGACUAGUGGAGUUUAUGUCAAGUGGACCCAUGCAGGCAUAUAUUCUGGCACAUGAAGAUGCCAUUCAGUUAUGGAGGAACUUAAUGGGUCCAACCAAAGUGUUCAGAGCACGGAUUGUGGCUCCUGAAACUGUGCGGGGUAAUCUGGGACUGACUGAUACCCGGAAUACUACACAUGGGUCUGAUUCUGUUGAAUCGGCACAACGUGAAAUCACUUUUUUCAACACAAGCAAUUGGUAUGAGAAGCAAGAAUCUCGCUACAGAACGGGGCCAGUAUACUAUGAUGAAGAACAAUUAGAACAUCGGCUUGUAGAGGAGUGAAGGGGAGUACAAGGAAAACUGUGUUUUAUUUUUUGUCUGCGGCAUCAUGUCACAUUUAAUAGUGUGUGUGUCAGGAUCAGCUGGAUUUCAAACUCUAGGGUGUUUGUUCCAGGAACUAUGCACUUUCCAGUUGAGCCACUGGAGGAUCUCAUGGCUGCUUCUGAUCAGUCCUAUUUUCAUAUUCAUUGUGUUUUGUCUACUCUCUUGUUUCCGCCCACCUCAUUAGUCUCAUGUGUUCUUCAUCCCCCUAAUUCGAACCCCUUAUAAACCUGUCCCUGACCAUAGCUCCUUGCUUCGUCAUUUUGCACCCUAGCCCUGAUCUUGCUGUUCUGUGCCUUGAUUCCUGUUCCUUGUUACCUGUUCCUGGAUUCCUGUUCUCAAGACCCUCCCGUGUUCCUGUUUCUGAAUUUUGCUUACCUGUCUUGUUGGAUUUCCCGGUUGUGACCUUGGCCUGAUUACUGGACUCUGUUUGCCUGCUGCCUGAUCUGACCACGACCUGUUUAUUGGACACUGUUUUUGUCUGCCGAUUCCUUAUUUCACUGACUGGUAUAUUAUUUAAUAUUUUCAUCAACCACCUGUUUGGUUUAAACAUAAAACCUUAUUUUCCUUCA